AAUUUAAUAAAUAAAGUCGGGGAGUCGGGUAAAAUAUUUUUUACUCUGGCAACAACUGGUCAUACAUCUCUAACAAUUCGCUGCUAACUUCAUUCUGGACUUUUGCAACCCUCAGAAUGUCAAAAGUAAAUAAAAAGAAUAUUUUGUGAAAUAAAUAAAUUAUAUUGUUGUAAUCGCACUUUUUGCUAAAAUUUACUGACCUGCACUUAUUGUGUUAUUGUUAACUAUCUUCCACAACAUUAGAAUAAUUUAAUAGUGUCUUUUACGAGUCUUAUUGGAAAAUAUCGCGAAUGAGAUCAUUUUACUGUGUAAAAUGAACAUUUUAUGUUUAGGCAAAGAUAUUAAUAUCCUACUGCAGUUCCAACUACAAGACUUUCUACUGAAAUAUCAUUGCGUGUUCAUUUAAUAUUUAGUGUUCUCAUAAAACGUGCGAAUAGUCUGUCUCUGGGCGUAACCACUGCUCAGGCGGGUUUGAAGGCUGUGUUAAAAUGAUAUUUUAUAAUAUUUUCUGAAACGUAGCGUACUGUGUUUGUGUGAAAAAUGGCUGAGGACGAAGUGCUUUUCGACGAUGUGUACGAAUUGUGUGAGAUUAUUGGCAAGGGACCCUUCAGUCUUGUGCGUCGCUGUGUACACAGACAGACAGGCCAACAGUUUGCCGUCAAGAUUGUGGAUGUGGCCCGUUUCACUGCCAGCCCUGGACUUAGUACCGCAGAUUUGAAACGAGAAGCUACAAUAUGCCAUAUGUUGAAGCAUCCCCAUAUUGUGGAGUUGUUGGAGACAUACAGCUCGGAGGGAAUGUUAUACAUGGUGUUCGAAUACAUGGAUGGUUCUGAUCUCUGCUUCGAAGUUGUUCGAAGAGCGACCGCUGGUUUCGUCUACAGUGAGGCUGUGGCAUGCCACUACAUGCGGCAGAUCCUGGAGGCGCUGCGCUACUGCCACGAGAACGACAUCGUGCACCGCGACGUGCGGCCGCACUGCGUGCUGCUGGCGGGCCGCGACAACUGCGCGCCCGUCAAGCUCGGCGGCUUCGGCGUCGCCGCGCAGCUGCCCACGCCCACCGCGCACAGGGCGCCGCCCGAACUGGUGAUGGACACUCGCCCGCUAAUGGGUCCGAUGGGCCAAGCCUAUCUGAAAUCAGACGAGUACGGUCGCAUCGGAACUCCACAUUACAUGGCUCCGGAGGUCGUGUCGAGCCAGUUGUACGGGAAGCCGGUCGAUGUAUGGGCGGCUGGGAUACUAUUGCAUGUCCUACUGGUGGGGUAUCUACCCUUUACUGGCACGAGGGAGAGAUUGUUUGAAGCUAUCUGUCGGGGACGGUUGAGGUUCGAUGCUCCUCUUUGGGAUGACGUCAGCGAUGCCGCGAAGGAUCUCGUCCAGAGAAUGCUAACUGUAGACCACACUCAAAGAAUCAAUAUACAAGAAGUUCUCAAUCAUCGAUGGAUAAGGGACCGCGAGAAACAGAACCGCAUUCACUUAGCGGGUACUGUAGAAGAACUCAAGAAGUUCAACAGUCGCCGCCGACUCCGCGCCGCUACGUUAGCCGCUGCCGCCGCCGAUGAUGAGGAAGAUGAAGAACAACCUGCUAGACGGGCCGUGUUGCUAGAAGAGGCUAAUGCCGCUGCUGUGAAUUUGAUUGUGGAGUCCUUGGACGAUGUAUCGGUUCUGCAAGACGGGCCGACUGUUAUGGAUCCUGAUCUGUUCCACAGCGUGCUUGAUGACCUACAGUUGAGAGCUCUUUUAGAGAUAUACGACCGCAUCGCGUGCACAGUAGUAGUGACGAGCGGGCGCGCGCCGGCCGCGGAGGGCCGCGCGCGCGGGCGCCAGGCGCUGGAGGCGGCGGCGCGCCUGCGCAUGGGGCCGCCGCCCGGCGCCGCGCCCGCGCCCGCGCCCGCCGCGCCCGCCGCCGUGCACGAGCUGCGCCGCCUGCUGGCGCUGCCGCAUAUCAAGGAUGCGCGACUGGCGGUUGUCCGCUCAGCGGAGACGCUAGCGGGAGAGGUUACGGCGAUCGGAAAGGGUGUCGGGCCGCGAGCGCGACGACUGGUGCCCGCACGAGGCGCGCCGGCAUGCGCUGACGUGUGCACGGCGCUGCGCGUGCUGCGGCGCGGCGCGAUGCCCCCCUGGGCCUGA